UUCAACGUUCCCGGAGGACGUCAUGUUACGUAAUUAAUAUUCAUAAACCGAGCCCUGCGCGUGUUUGGAUCGGUCCGCUGGGGUGCGCUGAGUUCAGAGCGAAAAACUGCACUGAAAAGUCACCGGAUCUGAUUGGCUCAGCAUUGGACUACUGGUUUAUCCUUCAAACUCGAUAACUUUUCCGUUUUAACUUCGUCAGCGGAAUUAUUUCAUUACUGACAGCUGUUUUGUGCACCUCGAAAUUGAGCGACGCGGUUGCCGGUGUUUACCUGCUCUGAUAAGGAUAACUUACAGCUGAUGCAUGACAGACUGUAACCAGACUGACUUCCCUUUAAACUCACACAGAUGAGCAGAUCAGGACUAAACAUUUAAUGUUACAGAGACACCCAUCAUUCACGUCUUCUCAAUCAUAGAGCCAUCCAGAGAGCCGCCCAUCUCAUGCAGCUGAGAUAAUAACUACUUAGUGAUGCACUGAGAAGAAUAGAUCACCACUGGGAGUCGAGACCGAAACAUUUGGGUUUUUGGCGUUUAUUUAUGUUGCAGACACAGGAAAGCAUGGCAUUGAGUUUGUGAAGCGUUGCGCAGCAGCACAGUGGCUCCCCCCUGCAGUACUGCAGCAUCACCCAGCCACAAAUCUGCUUCAUGGCCACAAGUCCAAACCUUUGCAGUACAUAUGACUGUUACCAAAAGGUAAACUUACAAUCAGGAGGCAGUGAGGUGACGCAAAAGACGUAUGACAUGGAGGUCAAAGGUCACCUGAUAACAGGCCCUGAGCUGCAGGCCGCUAUGGACAGUAAGCAGCGUGCGGAGCGGAUGGUGGAGCUGCAGGAGCGCCGGAGGAGUCUGCAGUCGCUGCUCAACACUCGAAUAGCAGAACUCAAGCGUGUGUGUCUGCAGGAGGCGGAAUUGACAGGUGAAGUUCCUCAUGAAUAUGCUCUAGAAACCGGAGAGAAGCUGCCUCAUGUGCGGCGCAGGGCUGGUCUGUCCCGCAGCGGGUCCAAACACAACACCAAAAAUGAGGAAGAGGACGUCUCUCAGCGCAAGACAAAGAAAACUCUGUUCAGCGGCGCCCUCCGCAGGCACGUCGAUUCAGAACAGCAUCCUCCACACAGCAAACGAACGGUUCACAGAGGAUGCCACACAGAUAACACGGUGAAGUCAGAGAGUAGCUCCACGUCUGAUUCCACCAAUCAGGACACUGAAGACGCCUCUGACAGCCUGUCGCCCUCACAGCCCCGGCUGGUCUCGGGGAGCCCAGACAACAGGUUUUCUCGAAAACUCUCCCCUGUGGAUAUCUAUUACGAGAUGAAAACACGCCGCAACUCUGUGGCCAGCUCAGCCAGCCCAAGUCACUCUCUUCCAAGAAGUGUGUCAAAUUUGGAAGGUAGAAGUGUUCCGGCAACUCCGCUCCUGUCCCGCAAUGGAAUAGCAGGAGUGCACAUCAGGUCAGAAUCAUCUAGCGGCACUGCUGCUGUGAAGCAGUGGUCAGACAAUCCCGAGGCGUCUCAUCAGGUGCCUCUGCAGUCUCAGGAGGGGUCGUCCUCAGGGUCCUACGAGCAAGGGCACAGACGUAGCAAUAGCUCCGAGACGUUACUCGACCGGCACUGCACCGCAUCGGAGGAUGCAGGUCAAAGGUCAGGCAUGCCUGUACGGAACGGCCCGUAUAAGAGCUCGGAAGCCAUCAUGGACACGACUUUAAAACAGGCGCAGCGGAGCAGCCCCGAGCGGCAGGUAAACGGGCACGCCGAGCUGGCCCGCGUUCGCUCAGCCGCGGGAGGUCGAGGAACAAACGGAGGUGUCGGUUACAGUGAGAUCCUCAUGGAUUAUGUGUGGGGAAAGCAGCAGAAGAUACAAGCUCAGCAACAACAAAGACUGCAGGUGCAAAGUAAUGCAAAAGCCCGGCCGUGGCCCGAUGGUCCAAAUGCUCCUCCGCCUCCCUACAGGAAUGGCUUUCCCCAAUCGCAGCAGCUUAUCCUGGGCAAUGGCCCUCCGGCCUACAGCCCUCUAAUGCUGAGAGGAAAACCCGGCGAGCCACGGAGGGUCAAAGUGUCACGUACCAAAUCCUGCGGCCCGUUCGUUCCCUUACAGCAGCACCAGCAAGAGUCCAUCCUGCUCUCUGCCUACAACGAAACCACCACCUCCAAUGGUACUGCCAUUAAUGCAACGCAUAACCAGCAGAUCGACCACCUCCACAGACCGCCCCAUUACCCUCUCGACUCCUCCGCACCCACGACCCCCGACGACCCCACGCGCAGCCUGCACAAGGCCCUGGCACUGGAGGGUUUGAGAGACUGGUAUCUGAGGAACGCGCUGGGACAGACGGCCAACGGAGGGAAGGGCAAAGAGGGGACUCAGACUCAGCGCAGGCGUACCACAUCCUCUCUGCACAACUCACACCCCCAUCCGCCGCUCAAACACCAGCCACAGUCCUUCCAAACAGACACGUCCUAUCCACAGAUCCCCCAGUCGGCCACGUUUCAUGGACACCCUCUACACGGCAGGUCGAUGGAGCUUUCUUUGUACCAAGAUACCUUUUCGUCUAAGAUGCAGGACAUGACACUUAAAGAGAGCAGUAAUGACAGACCCACACCAGGCACGCUGGUCUGAUCUCACACUCAUACAAACACAAAGAGACUACAGCAAACACCAGCUUACGUGUGUAAAGAAUGGCAGACUGAGAAAAUGCCAAAAUGAACUAUUAAAAAAACUUUUUGCUUCCUUUCAGCAGAAAUCAGUCUAGCAUCCUUGUUAUACUAACAUAUGCGAAGUAUACUUGUACUCAAUACCCUUUUCAGCAUGAAAUCAAGCUGUCUUCUAGUUUCACAUCAUCUCUGGGUUCCUGCAGACUUCUUAUGAUAGUUUCCCUUUUUAUCAGUAAAAGUAGUAGCAAUCUCUGGCAAAACAGACAAUAUGUCCAGCACAUUCCUAUGAGUUCAUUCUAUCAAACUAUUUCCAGCCUUGAUAUGGAUUUGUCACAAAAUAUAUACAAAGAGCUCUUGUUGUUAUUUAUCAUGCUUUCUUCCUCAGGCUGUAAUUAUACCCCCGUAUUAAUAUACACAGUCACAAAGAAAACAAAGAAAUUUACAGGUAGAAUAAAGAAUAAAUUACAUUUUAGAUGUUAUAAAAAUUGCUUUUCUACAAAAAUGAAACCUGAAUGAAAUUUUGAAUCUCAUGAAACCUGUCAAGAACAUAUAUCACUCCAAAAUGUUUUAAAAUAAUUGUUUUGGUCUACAUUAAGAUUUGCAUUAUUUUAAAAUAGGUAAUCAGAACCUGAAAAAAGAUGAGCAUUAUGACAAUUUCAUGACUAGAAAAAGCACUACUUAUUACUGUAAGAGAAGAAAAUAAUCAUAUUAAUGGAUUUAAGGAUCAUCAUAGUAUUUGUUUUGCUAGAUUUAUGCUGAUUUAAAAAAAAAGAAUCCUUUCUGGACAGGAUUAAUUUAAUUAUAGAUAAAAAUGUAAUGUGCAUUAUUACUAAGAAUAAUGCGAAAUAUAAAAAUGCUCAAAAGCAAAACAACCAGAUGCAUUAUGAUAAUGAGAACUGAGAGGGAAAUGUGCUUAGUUUUCAUGAAAAUCAUGUCAAAAUCCAUAAUAAUAAUAAUAAUUAUAUAAAAAUAGGCUUCAUUUAAUUUAGGGAGAAUAUCAUUCAGAAAAUACGGAGAAAAAAAGGUCUAAUAAUAAAAAUAAUAGAAAAAUAGGCCUGUUUCAUUUAGGGGGAAAAAAUUUCAAAACACUAUAAAAAUAUAUUUUUCGUUUGAUUUUGGGGUGAAAUAUGACUCAUGUUACAUGUUUCGUUGAGACUCCUCCUAAAACUAUCAGGAAUUUAAAUCAUUGACCACUAGGAGGAGCCCCAUGAUCUGUUCUGGAUCCAUUCAAAUCAGCAGCAUCCACUGCAGAUGCAUGCAAAGCGUCCUGCCAGGUGCAGUGCUUGUCGCAAGAAUCACCAGCUUCUUGUGUAUAGCGCCUUAAUUGCAAUUGUUCAUUGUUCUUCCUAUCGGAUUGACUGCAGAUGUCAACAUUUACUGUAUGUUUCAGUAAUUAGAUUGCAUGAAAUGAAAAGGAUUAAUUAACCAAAUCAGGACUUUGCCAAGACUAGUAAUUUUCCCGCACCCUCCUCUAGAAUUUAUUUGAAUUGUGAUACUCAGAAUGUGGCGUUGCCUCCUAAUGCCAGGAUGCCAAUCUGUGACCAUUGUGCCUAGCAAAUGUGGCGGGGAAGACUUU